GAGAGAGAGCGAGAGCGAGAGAGAGAGAGAGAGAGAUAGAUACUUCUCAACUCUGAAUAACAAACUCUCCAACGUGAUGUUACAAGUCGCCGUCCCAGGGUGGACCACCUUUUCAACUUAAUGGUUUUUGUUCAUGUGGACCUUCUGGAGUGUGCAGAACAGCAUCUCAUGAAGUACGAUACAACCCAUUUGCCUCAUCCAUUCGCCAGAUGACACAAUUUGAGUUUUAAAAAGUCCCUAAAUUGAUUUGCAUUACAUAAAAAAGAGAGGGGAAACAUGCAGGCAUCGUUGUUUCACUUGAUUGCCGUCGUUGUGGCCGUCCACACCAUCCACUGCCAAACAGUUUGCAACAGACAACAGUCGCUUGAAUGGCACCCUAAACAACACGCAAUCCAAAUGAAUUGGACCCUCAUAGGAAACAUCUGUAGGAGCGUUUCUGAGUGUUGGGAUUCUCAAGAGGGAGAGGAAACAACUGGACACACUGUCAACCUCCCACAGAUAUGCCCACUCCAGCUGCAACAUGGAGACAAACUGCUGAUGUCUGCCGAUGAAACACUGAAGUCAUACGGCAUCAAACUCCUUAAUGUGUCAAAAGACAGCUUUGAGAGCUGUUCCACAAAUGGACAGAUAAAAGAGCAGUUUCUUUUCCCCCACAAAAUAAAUGGAAGUGAGCAUGUUGAGGCCAAGUGGCUCGUCCCGGGUCAUCAUUACUUCAUCGCUCUGCAUGAGGAAGACACACAGCUGUGCAGGCUUGGCUUACGACUCAAUGUGUCCGUUAAAACGCAACUUUGUCAGGGUUCUCCUCUGCUUCGACUUUGUUCCGGGAACGGUGUUUGUCAAACAGGCCUCUGGGAUGGUGCAUACCACUGUCUGUGCCACCGCCACUACUCUGGAAGGUUUUGUGAAAAGUCUGACGCUUGUUUGGAUAACCCUUGUGAAAACAAAGGAGUCUGUUUGAGCAAUGGAUCCACAGAUCCAAACCACAGAACAUAUAAAUGUCUGUGUCCUCCACAUUUUACAGGAGUAAACUGCUCGGAAGUCAUCGGAAGUGAAAACUGUGGCCAAAUUUGUGAAAAUGGGACAUGCGUUCAAUGGUCACCUGCCUCCUUUAAAUGCAUAUGUGAUACUGGAUUCUCUGGCCCACCUUGUGAGAAAAGGAAAGCCCCCUGUGAUCCAAAUCCAUGCAGAAAUGGUGCCACAUGUGAGGAGAGCCCCGAGGGAUUUGUUUGUCACUGUCCAGAAAGAUUCGGGGGCGUCUACUGUGACUCCCGAGUUGUCUUCGAUUGCAUGUCAUACGCAUGUCAAGAGGAACAAGUUUGCACUGCAGGGGCCUCUGAAUGUGUCUGUGCCAAUGGUAGUGUUGUCCCAGCAUGCAGGAGGCAGCAGAACCCGUGCAUCCCAUCACCAUGUCUCAACAAUGCGACCUGUGUGUCCAGGAGAAAUGAUUACGUCUGCAGAUGUCUGAGAGGGUUUUCCGGGAAGAAUUGUGAAGAAAUAAUUGACUACUGCAGGCUGCUCAAUAUCAACUGCCUAAAUGAGGGAUUGUGCUUGAGUGUAAUUGGCGGAUAUCAGUGUGUUUGUGCCCCAGGAUGGCUUGGAGAGUUUUGCCAAUAUGUAGGUGAUGCCUGUCUGAUAAAACCAAACCGCUGUUUGAAUGGAGCCACAUGCAUUACAACAAGUCAGCCCUCAUCUCCUCCCCAGUACACCUGCAAAUGCCCCCUCGGCUUCACAGGAACAAAUUGUGAGACUAAGAUCAACAAGUGUGAUUCCAGUCCCUGUCUGCACAAUGGCACGUGCUCUGACUUUCUAGGACACCACACAUGCCAAUGUCCUACAGGUUUUCUGGGAAAGAACUGUGAAGUUGACAUAGAUGCUUGUGCUCUACCCAACAACGCAUGUCCACCAAAGACACAGUGUUUGGAUCUCCCGGAUGGCCUUAAAUAUACCUGCCAUGUACCCUGCCCUAAAAACCUUCAACCAUGUGCCAACGGAGGACGCUGUGUGUUCAAUAAUGCCAGCAGCUAUACUUGUAUCUGUACACCUGGUUGGUCUGGUCAGAACUGCCAUAUAAAUGUCAAUGAUUGUGUUCAACAUUGGUGUCAAAAUGGAGCCACUUGUGUGGAUGAGAUUGAUGGUUACAGCUGCCUUUGUCCCAGAGGAUACACAGGCAUCUACUGUGAAGAGGACAUCGAUUACUGUGUUGGUCAUUGCUGCUCUGAACACGGUGUUUGCCUGGACCAGCAGCAUAACUUUACGUGCCGUUGCAUGCCUGGAUUUGAAGGCUUGCUCUGCGAACUGGAAACAAAUGAGUGCAACAGCUUCCCGUGUGCAAGCGGUGCCACCUGUGUGGACCUAAUCAGUGAUUAUCGGUGCCGCUGUCCCCCAGGGUUUGAGGGAAGAACCUGCUCUGAGAAUGUAAAUGAUUGCUGGUCGCAGCCUUGUCUGAAUGGAGGCUCGUGCAUGGAUCUGAUAAAUGACUACAUAUGUAAUUGUCCUUUUGGGUUCAAGGGGAACGAUUGCUCUGUGGAUAUUGACCUUUGCUCAUUUGGACUAUGCAGUGAACAUACCUUAAUAUGCGUUGAGACCAAGGAUGGACCGAAUGUCUCUUGCACUUGUGAAAGAGGGUUUGGAGGGUCAUUUUGUGAAGUAAAUCUCAACGAGUGUGAGUCAGAGCCUUGCCAGAAUGGUGGUAUUUGUGUGGACGGCAUUGACCUGUAUCAGUGCUUCUGCUCAGAGGGGUUUGGGGGAUUGAACUGUGAAAUCAACAAUGAUGAAUGUGUCCAUGGAUACUGUGCCAAUAAUUCCACAUGUAUUGACCUGGUUGCAGACUAUGAGUGCAUCUGUCCUUUGGGCUUUGCUGGUAAGAAUUGCUCCACAUCUGUCUCUUCAUGUGCAUCAGAUGUUGAGUUCUGCAGAAAUGGAGGAACCUGCUCGUCCAACUCAGCUGGGGAAGUGCAAUGUAUUUGCCCUCCAGGGUACCAUGGCAAAGAAUGUUCCUCAUCUGUGAACCAAUGUGUGUCAAAUCCUUGCGACCCUGAGGGGACUCUCCUGUGUGAAGAGCUGGCAAAUACUUAUAGAUGUGUGUGUCAACGUGGCUACUCUGGACCGCACUGCGAAACACCUAUAAACCACUGUGUUGAUGGCCUGUGUCAACACGGUUCAGUGUGUGUGGAUCUAUCACGAGGGUUUAAGUGUGAUUGUUUACCAGGUUUAACAGGCCAGUUUUGUGAGAUAAACAUUGCUCAUUGUGAAGUAAAACCAUGUGGAGCCCUGAGUAUCUGUAAAGAUGCUCCUGGUGGCUAUAACUGCUUCUGUGCGCCUGGAUUUAUUGGAAAUAACUGCGAGAUUGAAGUAAAUGAAUGUCUCAGCCAGCCCUGUCGAAAUGGAGGUUCCUGCAUUGAUGAGCUCAACUCUUUCAGCUGCCAGUGUCCUCUUGGAAUCACAGGCAACUACUGUGAAGUCGACAUAGACGAGUGCAUAUCCUCACCCUGCCUGCACAAUGCCACGUGUGUUGACCUCAUUUAUGGCUAUGGAUGUGUCUGUAGGCCUGGCUUCACAGGUACAGAGUGUGAACUUGACAUUGAUGAGUGUGCUUCAUCUCCCUGCAAGAAUGGAGCCACUUGCAUUGACCAGCCUGGUAAUUACUUCUGCCAAUGUGUGGCUCCAUUUAAAGGUCAGAAUUGUGAGUUCUUACCCUGUGAGGCCAGUAAUCCGUGCGAAAACGGUGCAGUGUGUGUGGAGGAGUUGGAUCAGGACCAUUUCCCUUUGGGUUUCCGUUGUCACUGUUACCGAGGCUUCACUGGCCCCCGCUGUGAAAUCAAUGUGGAUGAGUGCAGCUCCAGCCCCUGUUUUCACGGCUUUUGCUAUGAUGUUGUAGACGGCUUUCACUGCCUUUGCAAUCCUGGUUAUGCUGGGCUGAGAUGUGAGCAAGACAUUGAUGACUGUGGGAACAGUUUGUGCAGUACAAACUCAAUAUGUAAGGACCUCCAUCUGAGUUAUGAGUGUGUGUGUCACUCUGGCUGGGAGGGGGAGUUCUGCCAACAAGAAAUUGAUGAAUGUUUAUCGCAGCCCUGCAAAAACAACGGCACCUGCACAGACCUUCUCAACAGCUACAAGUGUUUGUGCUCGCCAGGCUGGACAGGUGUGGACUGUGCAGAGGAUAUGAAUGAGUGUGAUUCUGGGCCUUGUCUAAAUGGAGCUCAGUGUCAGGACUCAGUUGUACCUGGGGAGUUCUUUUGCACCUGUCCUCCCUUCUUCAGUGGCCCCUUGUGCAACCAGCCUUAUGACCCCUGUGACCCCCUCCACAAUCCGUGCCUGCACAACUCCACCUGCCUGACACGCUCCAAUGGUACAGCCUUCUGCAGAUGCCCAGCUGGAUUUGAAGGAAGUUGGUGUGAAAUUGACACCAAUGAGUGUAGCUCAAAUCCAUGCCAAAACCAGGGCGACUGUGUGGACCGGGUCAACAGUUACAGCUGUGAUUGCAAGAUAGGAUUUUCCGGCCUUAACUGUGAGGAAGACAUCAAUGAGUGCAGCUCUAGCCCCUGCCACAACUCUGCCAUUUGUCAAGACCUUGUGAACAAGUUCCGCUGCAUUUGCCCUCCUGGUUAUUAUGGAACGCUGUGUGACCUGGAUGUAAAUGAGUGUGAAGUUUCACCUUGCCUACACGAGGGCAUCUGUAUCAACACACCCGGGGUCUUCAAAUGUGUCUGUCGCCCUGGAUACUCAGGGCCAUGGUGUGAAGUUAACAUUGAUGAGUGUGUUUCAAACCCGUGCCGAAAUCGUGGGAAAUGUAUUGAUGCGCAUAAUCGAUACACCUGCAUGUGUCCUGAUGGCUUCAUUGGGCUCCACUGUGAAACCAACAUUGACGAAUGCAUGUCAGAGCCUUGUCUUCAUGGGAGGUGUGAAGAUGGAGUGUAUUCAUACUCUUGUCUUUGUGAAUCUGGAUGGACUGGAAGCAGAUGUGAAACAAACAUUGACGACUGUGCUUUCAGUUCCUGUUUGCAUGGAGGAUCAUGUGUGGAUCUCGUUGAUAAAUAUGCAUGCUUCUGUCAGGAUGGUUACACAGGAAAAACUUGUGAGAACGAUAUAGACGUCUGCAAAGACGCCACUUUUAAUGUCUCACUGUGUUUCAAUGGAGCCACCUGCCUUGACGGUGAGGGAUCAAACUUUACAUGCAGCUGUCCACCAGGUUUCAUGGGGGAUUUCUGUGAAGUGGAUGUUAACGAAUGUUGCUCAGUUCCCUGCCACAACGGUGCCAUUUGCCAAGAUCUUAUAAAUAGCUACGUCUGCCACUGCAGGUCAGGUUGGACAGGCCUUCACUGUGAGGAUGACAUUAAUGAGUGCCUUCCACGGCCCUGCAACCAGGGAAUAUGCAUUCAGAAUGAUCCAGGCUAUGGCUACACCUGUUUCUGUCGUCCUGGAUUUGUGGGGAGGAACUGUGAGCGCAACUAUGAUGAUUGCCUGUUGAAUCCAUGUCCAGAAGCAUUUUCUUGUGUAGAUGGCAUCAACAAGGUCAGCUGCCUGCCUCCUGUUACGGAUGCUGUUCCCUUGGCGACUGUAGUCAAGAACACCACUCGCGGCUCUACAAGCAGGGUGCCAACGCCAACACUCAACUCGACAUCCACAGCUGAGCAAUCCACAGUUUCAAGCUACGUUCAGUACUUUGGGAAUUCCUACCUGGAGUUUGAGGGAAUUGAACUCAGCACAUUCAACAACAUCGCUGUGAGAUUUCAGACUCAAGUGGCCCAGGGAACUAUACUUUAUGUGGACCAAGGACCCACUAACGGUGAUUUAUUUUUUUUGAAACUCUUCAUCCUGGAUGGAAUCUUGCAGUAUGUAUUUUGCUGUAACAAAGAGGAAGAGGUUACACGGAUCAGUACUUUAAUUCACGUUGAUGAUGGGAAGGUUCACACUGUUAAUAUCAGACAACACCUGACCCCGUGUGAGGCAGAACUAACUCUUUCUGGUCAUGAGCCGAUCAAAAGUACAGCAAGUAAUUACUGGUUGGGACACAUCAUGCAAAGGACAAACCACAUCUUCACAGGUGGUCUGCCACAACAAUAUCUAUCCAAUCAGAGAGCAAAACCUUUCCACAACUAUACUGGCUGCAUUGAAAUAAUUAAAAUUAAUAAACUCAGGAGCUUUUACACAUCUGAUGCUAUCGCCGGCAGCAACAUAGACCAAUGCAGAGAUACUUUGUAUGCCAUCGAAGCCUCCACAACAACUUCCUCAAGUUUGACAACUCAAUCAACCGUGUCAGGGGGUGACACUGUGAACACAACAACAACAACAACAACAACAAUGGCAACUCCCUCACAAACACCAAAACCUCCUCUGCAUGAAGCUCAAGUUUGCCGGGACGAUCUUUGCCACAACGGAGGAACAUGUCAUUGGCUGCAGCUGUCUAGUGGAGCUCUGCCUUCCUGUCACUGCCCGCUGCAUUUUACUGGAACUUUUUGUGAGAAAGAGACCACAGUAUUUAUCCCCUCAUUUGAUGGCACAUCGUAUUUGGAGCUGCAGCCCCUUUCAUCCCUUCUCCAGUCUUCUGGUGUCAAUAAUAAUCUCCCUGCUACUGUCAAGGACACCACUGUUAUUCUCUAUUUGACAGUAAAAACAAGAUCUACACAGGGCACCAUCCUCUUUACUCAGGAGCAGAACUUUGGGGAUAAGUUUCUUCAUGUUUUCCUUCAAGAUGGAAGCCCUGUUGCCAUACUUGGGUGUGGUGGGAGUCAUGUUUUGAAUGCAGCAGCAGGCCAGAACGUCAACAAUAACAGAUGGAUCCCAAUCACAAUCCGAUACACCCUGCCUGUGGGCAAACAAGGACGGUUGUGUAUGAUUGAAAUAGCUGCAGAUAAUGGCACAGCUCAGCAUCUCGAGGAGUAUGUGUCACACCCUGUGUCAGAGGGAACCUUUGGACCAAUAUUUCUUGGGGAUGUUUCGUCCCACUGGACUUAUGACAGCUAUGCAAAGGGAGCGAGGAGAUUCAUUGGAUGUAUCAGUGAACUUCAGGUCAACGCAAAUGAGAUUUACCUGGUGGGUGAGGCAGUGAAAGGAAGAAACAUCAAGAAUUGUGACCCCCCUGUCUGCCAGCACCUUCCCUGUCGUAACGGAGGAACUUGUGUCAGUGAUGCUGAGGACUGGUUCUGUGAGUGCCCCCCGCUCUACACAGGCCAGCUGUGCCAGUUCAACGCUUGUGAGCGCAACCCCUGCGGUCAUGGAGCCACAUGCAUCCCAAAGUCACCAUUGGAAGCCGUAUGCCUCUGCCCCUAUGGAAGACAAGGUCUACUGUGUGAUGAACCCAUCACUAUCACUCGUGCCAGAUUCAGUGGAAGUGAUGAGUUUGGUUACACUUCAUUUGCGGCGUUUUCCUCCAUCCCGAGCCUCAGUUUCUUCUACGAGUUCAAGCUGAGGUUCACACUCGCCAAUAAUUCAUCCGCUGUGAAAAACAACCUGAUGCUGUUCGCUGGGCAUAAAGGACAAGGCAAUGAUGGUGAUGACUUCCUCGUUUUGGGACUACGAAAUGGCAGAGUUGUGCAUAAAUUCAACCUUGGAUCAGGUGUAGCGGUCAUAGUCAGUGAUCCACUGAACCCCCAGGUCAACAUUCACACCGUAACAUUUGGAAGGUCAAAGCAAACAGGAUGGCUUAAGGUUGACGGACAACGUAACCGAACAGGAUCGUCUCCAGGACCCCUGUUAGGCCUCAAGGUUUUCAACCAGCUCUUUGUGGGUGGAUAUAAUGAGUACAGCCCUGAACUACUGCCACUUGGAUCCAGGUUCCCUCAUGGCUUUCAGGGGUGCAUUUUUGAUGUGCAGUUUCGUACAAGAAGAGACAGAAAAUUCCAAGUGCUGGGACAUCCGGCCUUCGGGCGCAGUGUGGGUCAGUGUGGCGUCACCCCUUGUGUUCAUGUUCCCUGCAAAAACGGAGGGACAUGCGUGGACUCUGGCUCGUCUGUGUAUUGCCAGUGCCCAUUUGGAUGGAAGGGAGCACUCUGUUCUGAGACCGUGUCUGUGUGUGAUGUCAUGCACAGUCCUCCUCCUCUGUGCGCCCACAGGUCCACCUGCAUCCCUCUCCCGAAUGGAUAUACCUGCCAGUGCCCUCUGGGGACUGCGGGACUUUACUGCGAGAAUGCUGUGACCAUCAGUGAUCCAUUCUUCAGCGGUAACCAGUCUUCAUGGAUGUCCUUCCCACCUAUGAGUACAAGACACAGGACUGUUUUGCAGCUGCAGUUCCAGCCUUUAUCACCGGAUGGCAUCCUUGUCUACACUGCACAGCAUCUCAGUGCCAGAGCUGGAGACUUCUUCUGUCUUUCUUUGACAUCCGGGUUUGUCCAGCUGCGAUACAAUCUUGGGGAUGGCACCCACGUCCUGCAGUCUGUUGAGCGAGUGGACUUGCGCGGCAGGACCUGGCACACGGUGAAGGCGGGCCGAGUUGGUCACCAAGGCUUCCUCAGUCUGGAUAAUAAGGAGGUUAGAGGGAACGUGACCGAAGGGAUGACCACCCUCGAUGUUGCUACAGACAUCUUUGUCGGGGGCGUGUCCACUCUGAGCUUCGUCUCCACAGAUGCUAACGAAGGGGGGCCACUGGGCUUCACUGGGGGUGUAAGAGAACUUAUCUUCAAUGGUGAAGAGUUUGAGUUAACAGAGACGGGGGCAGUCAGUGGAGCAAACGUAGGGGACUGGGAUGGGACGGCAUGUGGGUACAAGGUGUGCCAAAACGGAGGUCACUGUAGGGCAACAGGAAAUGACUCAUUCACAUGUGUAUGUCUGUUAUCAUGGACUGGCUCAGUGUGUAACCAGUCUGUAAGCUGUGUAAACAACAUCUGCAAGCAGGGUUCCUUAUGUGCUCCAUCUAGUGUUACCGCAUACCGCUGCAUAUGCCCCUUGGGAUGGGGUGGGAGGUACUGCGACACAGAAAUAGCCACAGACACUCUGAAGUUUGUGGGAAGCUCAUACGUUAAAUACCAGGACCAAAGAUACAACACAAGAAAUCUUAAAAACACACAGGUUUCAUUCAGCUUCUACACAAGCUCAAAUGACAGUUUGAUAAUGUGGAUGGGAAGGGCUGAACAUGAAGAUGAUGACUACCUCACAGUUGGACUUGAGAACGGUGACCUCAAAAUCGCUGUUAAUCUUGGAGAGAGACUUUCGCCCCCAAUGACAGUCAGAAAUCUCACACUGUGCUGCGACACAUGGCACAACGUGUCCAUAUCUUUAAACAGCACAAUUAUCCAGGUGUUCCUAAACAAUAAGAAAGUACUUUUCAAAGACAUGGACCCAUUUGAGCGUUAUGUGGCCUUAAACUAUGGCGGUCAGCUUUUCUUUGGAGGAUUUGGAUUGUACAGAAAUGUAUCAAUUGUUACUUCUGAGUUGUUUUCAAAAGGCUUUGAAGGCAGCCUGAGAAAUGUAUAUUUGUUUAAAGAUACCAAGCCGCUACACUUUCUCAAUAAUAGUGAGGGUUUCAAUGUCCAUGAGGGCAAUGAAUAGUAGUAUAACUCCCUUUGUCACGUGAUAGUAGUUUAAUUAGUUCUCCUAGAAACUCCUAGUUCAUAAGGAGAUCUGUGUAACUUGGCAAUAGUGGCAAAAAAAUUUUUUUUUAAUGCACAGUGGACACUACACUAUAUUUUAAUACUUAUUUCUUCACUGUCCAGCUAGAUUUUCAUCUGAUUUAUGGAUGAACCCAACUGGAUG